UGCUUUAAAACAAGGUGACCUCAAUAGCUCUCAAGGACCUAGCAUGAAAGAUGUGAAUAUUUUACUUCUUUCUCAGAAGGUAUCUGACUAUCCUAUUGCGGAAGAUGUAGCUGUAGAGCAAGGUGACAACAAUAGCCCUCAAGGACCAAACAUCAAAGAUGUGAAUAUUUUACGUGUUUAUCAAGAAGAAUCUCUUUACCCUGUAGUGGAAGAAGAUGUAGCUGUAGAACAAGGUGACCACAAUAGCCCUAAGGGACCAAACAUCAAAGAUGUGAAUAUUUUACAUGUUUAUCAAGAAGAAUCUCUUUACCCUGUAGUGAAAGAAGAUGUAGCUGCAGAACAAGGUGACCACAUUAUCCCUCAGGGACCAAACAUCAAAGAUGUGAAUAUUUUACAUGUUUAUCAGGAAGAAUCUGUUCACCCUGUGGUGGAAGAAGAUGCAGCUGUAGAACAAGGUGACCACAAUAGCCCUCAAGGACCAAACAUCAAAGAUGUGAAUAUUUUACAUGUUUAUCAGGAAGAAUCUGUUUACCCAGCAGUGGAAGAAGAUUUAGCUGUAGAACAAGGUGACCAAAAUAUCUCUCAAGGGCCAAACAUGAAAGAAGUGAAUGUUUUACAUGUUUUUCUGGAGGAAUCUGGUUACCCUAUGGUGGAAGAAGAGGAAGUUGUAGAACAAGGUGACCACAAUAGCCUUCAAGGAUCAAACCUAAAAGAUGUUAGUGUUAUGCAUGUUUCCCAAGAGGACUUUGGUUUCCCUACGGUAGAAGAAGUGCAGAAAGCUGAAGGCAAUAUUCGUAAUGGCAGUUUCUACGAUCUCUUAAACACUGGAUCAGAAGUUGAAGCCAAGAAUACUGAUGGAAAGAUCAAAUUAUCUGCAGAAGAUUCUGUAGAAGAUGUUCCUUCUAGUUUGAAUAAAUCUUCAGUUGGCACACAAGAUCAAUUUCAGAGCACUUAUCCAGAAAAUGAAGUCAUGUCUAGUGGUCUUAAUAUUCACCAAGAUACGUGUAAAGAGGAGUUGAAAUCACCACAAAAUACAGGUUCAAUUGCAAAUCCAGGGGAAUGCUCUAGAUUUUCUCCCCAUAACCUUGAAGCCUCCUUAGUUGAGAGCUUUCAGUUUGAAACAUAUUCUGACCCGAGUCCACUUGGAGAUAUAGGAAGUUGUAACAUGAAAGAAAGCAUGCAAAGUUACAAGAUUGAGAAAGUUGAAAACAAGACCAAUGCGACUAUUGAACAAUUUACAGAUGAGCUCCAAUCUUCAACUUUUGAAGAUUCGGAUGGGACACCAGUUCAGUUCCUAUCAAAUGAUGCAUUAAGUGAAGUGAAGACAGAUUUUAAUGUUCAUGAAAUGGUUGUUGCAGGCAUUGUGUUUGAAAAUGUUGAUAUGUCUGAAGCGAAGUUUGUAUCUUCAAGAAAAAUAAGUUUAAGCUCAGCUUCAGAUAGAAUGAUUGGUUUUUCCCCCAAGCAGCUAAAUAAUUCAGAGACUAAAGUCUUGCAGUCCGAAACAAAACUUUUCCCGGAAACAGCAAGAAUUGAUGUUGGAAUUGGUGAUAUGGAGAACAUGCAGAUGGAUGUCAACAAGGAACUAGUUGAUGAAGUUGGAGACUACUUAUUGGAGGGAGAAAUUGACAAGUCAGGUCUGAUUGCUGAUUCUGAGGAAGUUGAUAAUCGAAUUUGCGAUGUGGAAGAGAACAUGCAAAUUAUUGUCAAUGAAAAGCAAGUUGAAGAAAGUGAGCAAGUUAUACGUGCAACACCUAGUCCAAUGGUCUUGAACAACGUGGAAGUUGGAGAGCAGUUGUUGGAGGGAGAGAUUGAGAAGUCAUGUAUGAAUGCUGAUUCAGAGGAAUGCAUUGGAAUUUUGCCCAAUAAUCUUCUGCCUUCAGCAACAAAAGGCUUUGAGGAUGAAACAUAUUUUGAUGUAAGUGCACUUGGAGAUGUUGUGGAAACUUUCAAAAUGGAAGAAAGCAUGCCAAGUGAUCAGAUGGAGAAAGAAUUCAGUCAGAAAGUUCUGCAUAUGACAAAUGAUUCGGUGCAGGAAGAAAUUACCAGGUUGAUUAAUAACUCUGAUGAUCAUGAAUGUGUUGGUGUGACUGGUCCAGAAGAUGGCAAAAACCAACAUAAUAUGAAGAUGGACAUGGAAAGCAUUGAAAAAUAUUUGCUCAAUGAUUUCCACACUUUGGAAGAUGCAAGUGGUCAAAAUUUAGAUGAGAAUGCUCCAACUAUGCCUCAGGAGGGUGAAAUGAAGUUAUGCACUUUUAACCAUCAACAAAUGUCUGCAUCAGGCACUUUCUGUGGAGAUGAAAUGGAAACACCACCAAAUUGUACAAGACCUAAGCUCCGUGAAUCAUUUAUAAAGAAAGAGUUGAAGAUUAUGUCGAGUUUGCCUAUGAAACGUGCAAGGGAUAUUCUUGGAGCUAGUGACAUGAAAGAAAACAUUAAAAUUUCAAAGAAAACACCUUCAAGGAGUGCAUUUCCUAAGAGGAAACCUCUACAACAUCUUCAACAGAACUGAACUUCACAGCCCGUGAACUGUUGAUUUCUGUAGCAGUUUAGUGAAUGACAGUGUUUCAAUAAUGUGAUGGUUACAAAUUUUUCUCGAUGACCAACAUGUUUUAAAGUAUAUAUGAUGAGAAAAGACAAUGCUACUUUAUGGUAAUUGUUGUGUCAAGUGUGUUUUCAUGCUUAUUCUGUUUCAUGUAGCCCUUUAUCUAACAUGGCAUUGAGAUUGUUACAAUGCACUAGUUGAAACGUGUCAUAUUGAGAUGCAUAUGAUAUUUAACUUGUAACGCAGAUUAGAACUGGCAUGAUCUUUCUCUAGGAAAAAUCUCACAUACUCAGACAAUUUGUGGCUUAAUUUUCAUCAUUUGGUUUGUAUAUUAUGUUGUGUAGUUUCAUUGGAUUUGUGGCUUGAUUUUCAUCAUUUGGUUUGUAUAUUAAGUUGAUUUAGGCUAUGGUUUAUUACUCAGACAGUUUUUUACUUCUCUUUUUAGGAUAUUGUUAUGCUUCUUUGGUUUUAUGAGGUAAUAACACAUAAUUUAAUGACUUCUCUUUUUGGAAGCAUGAUCUUGAAGACUCUUAGAAAUGUGAGAACCUCGCUGAAGAGGAGCAAAAACUAGUUUAUUUUAGAAGAUGAUGCUCUUAAAAUAAGCA